AUGUUCCCAUCAAUGCAACAAGGUCGGUUGCUCAGGUCUCUUGCACGACCCUGCCGCUUUGUCGCCCAUCGCCGCUAUCCCGCCGCCGUUUGUUCGCGUCGCUUCCAUAUUUCAACCCGAUGGCUGUCGUCAGCUCCAUCGGACGGAGUUCCAGGCUCGACGCCUAGUAAUGUCGCCAACGAUAUCCCCUCUUUCAGUGCCGAGCCCAAUGUAUCACCCCAGCCGGGCGCCUCGCCCAUCACCGCACCAUCGGUAGAACGUCCGGAAAAGAACGAAUCGAAACCGUACGGAUCAGCCAUUCGGAGAUCGCUGAGGAACAAGAAGGCCGCCGCGGAACAGGCCGCCCCGAAAGUCACCGUGCCGAAGUGGUUCCGGGAACGGAACACGGUACUCCACGAUGGCGAGGGAAGGACGACGGCGGAUACAACGCAACAUGUGAAGAUCAGCGCGCCGGAAGUCAAAGCCGACCAUAGCACGACGGGCCGUGAGGCCCAGGGUGGUGAGGGCGGCGAAGAACCCUCUGUGUCCGGCGGGUCCUCUAGCGGCGAACACCGCUAUGUCGUGGCCGAAGCGCUGUGGGAGGAACUGUGCGCCUCUGCUAGGGCGGGUAUCCGACUGCCCCCCGCGAAGUAUGCGAAGGAGCCUGCCGCGCGGAAGUCACAUCUCGUCCUCCAGUACCCGGGGAAUGACGGUGUGCUGUUCUUGGAUGCGGUGGUUAAGAGGCUAUCGCAGGAGCUCGGUGCGGAUCUGGUGACGCUCAAUGCCCAGGAUAUUGCCGAGCUAUGCAGUCAACAGGACCUCGCUGAUACGGGUGCCACGACGGCCAUUCGUUCCCUAGGCUAUGAGGUCUAUCGUCCGUCCGUGUCUGAGAGUUUCCCCGAAGCCGGUGACGAAGCGGAAGCUGAUGACGAGGCCCUUGAUACUCCCAUGCCGUCGCGCAACUUCCGUCCGACAGUGAAGGGCCCAAAGUUUAUUACCAUCGAUGGGUCCCGGGAUACGGGCGACAUUCCACUUCCGAACCUUUUCGGAUUGAAGUCGUUGGUGGCCUCGUUCAACGGCAACGAGGGCUCGGCGGGGUCCGCAUCACAGUAUCCGACAGACAGAGCUGAGGACCGGCGACUUCAACUCCUUCAUGAACUAAUUUCAUCCCCUGGACAACAACGGACACCAACGACAAAAGAACAGGAAGCACAACCCUCGGAAGCUACUACGGAAUCGGGCAACUCCAAGCCCAAGAAGACCCGCGACGUCAUCGUCCAGGUCCAGGAUUACGGCGAGAUUCAGAAUACCCGCGAAGGCGGCCGAUUCAUCUACUUGCUACAGAAGGCGAUUCAAGACCAACGGGGCGACGGAUCCCGUGUCUUGUUCGUUGGGACGGCCGCCCAAGAGGCCACCCCCGAGUCGGACGCCUCGCGAUUAAUGCAGAACGCCUUCGAUGAUCAGUUCUCCCAGAUGCUGGUCGUCACGCCGGCCAUGCGCUCCGAGGCGGUAGAGAAGGCACUCACGGAGGAUCGAACGAAGCGCACAUUGGACAUCAACAUUCGCCACAUGCAGGACAUGCUUCGUACCCGGUUGCACGACAGUCCGUCUGCGCUCAAGGACGAUAUAUUUGCGGGCCGUGACUGGCCGCUGGACAUUGCGGCCCUGAAAGAUUCGGGCCUCAACGAGCGUUACUGGUCGUACAGUCAAAUCCACUGGGCGACGACGCUCGCGCUCGGCGGUCUCAAAACCGACGAACCCUUUGGUUUUGAACAUAUCCAGCGUGGAAUUGAGAUGAUGCAGAGGACCGAUCAGGUCAAGAACAGCUGGCUGCAGGACAAGACGGCGAAGUCUACCGGAACUGCCGAGAACGACAACGACCGCGAGAAGCUCUUGAGCUCGCUGCGAAAGACAUGCAACACCCAUGAGAAGAAGCUUCUGAACGGUGUCGUCGAUGCGAAGAGCAUCCGCACCACAUUCUCCGACGUUCAGGUCCCCCCGGAGACGAUCGAUGCGCUGAAGACUCUCACGUCCUUGUCGCUCAUCCGCCCCGAGGCGUUCACGUACGGUGUCCUCGCCACGGACAAGAUCCCCGGACUGCUCCUCUACGGGCCCCCGGGAACCGGAAAGACGCUCCUGGCCAAGGCAGUGGCCCGGGAGAGUGGUGCUACAGUUCUCGAGGUCAGUGGAUCGGAGGUCUACGACAUGUACGUGGGCGAAGGGGAGAAGAACGUCAAGGCCAUCUUCACCCUGGCCAAGAAACUCAGCCCGUGUGUUGUGUUCAUCGACGAGGCCGAUGCCAUCUUCUGCUCCCGGACGGGAGCCAGCAGCCGCACGUCGCACCGGGAACUCAUCAACCAGUUCUUGCGCGAGUGGGACGGAAUGAACGACCUGUCCGCCUUCAUCAUGGUUGCGACCAACCGGCCGUUUGACCUAGACGACGCCGUCCUCCGUCGUCUGCCGCGACGACUCCUCGUGGACCUUCCCAAGGAGCAAGACCGUCUGGCCAUCCUGAAGAUCCACCUCAAGGACGAAACCCUCGAUACCACCGUCAACCUGGCCGAACUCGCCCGCCGUACCGACCUCUACUCGGGAUCCGACCUGAAGAACCUGUCUGUGGCAGCCGCAUUGGCAUGCGUACGGGAAGAGAACGACCUAGCGGCGAAACACCAAGGCGACGAGCCCUAUCAAUACCCCGAACGACGCACCCUGACCCAAACCCAUUUCCAGCGCGGCAUGGAAGAGAUCAGCGCGUCGAUCAGCGAGGACAUGACAUCACUGUCGGCGAUCCGCAAGUUCGACGAGCAGUACGGCGACCGCAAGGGCCGACGCAAGAAGAGUCCCGGCUGGGGAUUCAUGCCGGCCAGCGUCGAGGAGAAGGGCACGGAUGCCGCGCGGGUGCGAACAUGA